AUCAGCAUGGAGGUCGCCGGCGUAGUCUUGGGCGCAAUUCCCAUUAUCUUGUAUGCACUGGACAAUUACAGCAAGGCUUGGGACCCGUUGAAGGGCAUAGUCAGAUGGAAAGAAACGAUUGAGACGACGCGACUCCAACUCAUCCUCGAAAGGCAAAAACUGUACAUUACACUGGCCUCGCUCGGCAUUCAGGUUGCGGAAACUACGACUUUGACUGAAGUGGAGAGAGCGCUGCAGAUCAACCAGCCCAGCAACUGGAGGGAUUUCAUGAUAAUUAUUCGCCAAAUGGAUGACCUUCUACAUCGCGUUGCAAAAGAUCUUUAUCCUGAUGUAAAAGGCCCACCAAGCUGGGAAGACGCAAAGUCCGAGCGGGCCAAUUGGGAAUGGAGAAGAGUAAAGAGAAGUUUCGGUACCUCCCGCCGAAAAGAAGUCUUCAAGACCCUGCGGUACUAUAAUUCAGCGCUCCAGGACUGUAAACUUGAGAAGCGUGAAGCGCUGCUGGAUACUGAGAACCGGAUCGUUAAUCAGGUCCGCACUCGCUUCGACGAAAGCAAAACCUUGUAUACGAGGAAGAACGCGCGACUGGUGCACAAGGCCAUCUCUUCCAGCUUCGAUUGCAAAUGCAAUGCGCCUCAUGAGGGUUGCAUGCAGCUGCAGUGGCACAGCAACACUCCGGUUGACGCCGAGAAGUUUCACAUGAUACUUUCAUCGAGAAGUCAGCAACAACCAGAAAUCAUGUGGCAGGCUGUAGCAAUCAACAUCGAACAUGCAGUACUCGAACAUCAGAAAUCGUCGGAUAUACAAGUCAGCAUCCCCGAUCUUUCGAAUUCAACGACCCAAACUAGCAAUGACAACGAACCAACACCUACGGUACCAUUGGAGCCGCCAAAGAAGAAAGGCGUACGGUUUCUAGGAGUACACAUCACGAGAGAAAGAUCGAAAAGGUUAUCAGGCCGAUUUCGAUCGCGGUCCACUUCAUCCUCAAAAGACUCCAACCACCAUAUCACCUCCACCCCAACGAUGUCUCAGAGCUCCCUGGGUACGAAUAGUAAUACCGGAAGCGUUGAUACUUCACCAUCCUCACGCGGUACUUCACCUGCCCCUGCAAUCAAGCUCUGCAGUAUGCUGGGAAAAGCUUCGACGUUCCAGUCUACUAUUACACUCAUCCCUAUCCUAGACGCAAAUACGACAGAGCAGUUGCGCAUCAUCUCCAUGGACCAUCCGCCACAGUCAAUCACUGCACCAGCGAGACGUCCGAUAAAUCUCGACGCACUCUUGACAAGACAACGAGACGAUAUCACCAAACAGCGAUUGCGUCUCAAUCGAAAGCGGCGGUUCGCCGUAGCGUCAGCUCUAACCUGGGCAGUUAUACAUCUAGGCGACUCACCAUGGUUGGACAAGAUACUGGCCAGCGACAACAUACGAUUCUUCCUCGAACAAGAAGAGAGCACUAGUCCAGCUCAACUCUCCGAUCACCCAUACCUUGCCAAUAUCUUUCCCCCUUCAAGCUUACCCGCGGAUGAUGAAAGUAGCAAUCCUACUCCUGAAAACCAGUCCUAUGGCAAGCAAAUCCAAAAUUUAACCCUCUACACCCUAGCUAUCCGCCUCAUCGAACUCGGCCGCGACAAAUCCUUAGCACAACUCCGACAAGAAUACCAAAGCAUCACAGGCGAGCGUGCAAAAACCACACCAAAUCUCCUCGACGAUUUCGAAGUCGCGCGGUUUCAUAUACGAGAACUUGAACUGGAUCCGGGAAUAGCUUAUAGUCACGCAACUGAUCGCUGUUUACGAUUCAUCUUCCCGGGAUCGGCAGACACAAACACGUUUGAGAAUCGCUCGUUCCGGGAUCUAUUCUUUUCGGAUGUCGUAGCGCCGGUCCAGGCUACGUAUGAGCUGAUCCCAGGAUCUUAUACGCAAGUGUGA